AUUCUGUCCAACAUAAGGAAAAAAAAAAAAAAAAAAACAAGAAAGAAAAAGGGGAAGAAAAUAGGUGAAGAAAAAUGAGCGCGGGUUCAAUGAUUUCGAAGAGAGUGAAGCAAGAACCAGAAGAAGAAGAAGCCAAUGGAGAAGACGAAAACAGCAGAGCAGAGCAAGAAGAAGCAUUGGUGGCUUUGAUCGACCACCGCUCCAAAGAAGUCGAACACCUCCGCCAACGUAUCUCCUAUUACAAAUCUCAGCUUGAUCAAGCAGAGAAGAGGCUGCAAGACUCACAAUCUAAAUUGGCUCGCCUUCGAGGGCGAAAUAACACAAGAUCAUCUAAUGCUUCUUUGGAAACUAAAAGUUUGAAGGUGGAGCGAAGAUCAAUCAGUCCUGAACAUUUAACUGGAGGUUCUGAAAACAAACCACAAUCAAGAACUGAACUUGUAAUCCCUUCUGUGAAUCCAAAGAUUCCACAGCCUAUAAAACCAGCAGGAUCAGGUGCAAAGACUAUCAUUGGUCUUGAAGCAAGUGCUGCCUCUAAUAGUGCUGUAAAAGUAAAAGGCGAGAAAUCUCAUAGAAGCUCUACCAAUGUAGAGGUUGUUGAUAUUAAAGAUAGAGGAACUAAAAGGAAGUUUGAACAAAAAGAACACAAAGAAUUGAUUCCCUUGGUACAAAGCAGUUCUUCACCAUCCACAAUUGGCUCCUAUACAAGCAAUCACAUCCCUAGUCAGCACAAAAGAAAGUUGAGAAGUCUUGCUGUGUGUCCAGUGAAUGAUCAGCUUUUUGUGACCAGUGCCUUAGAUGGAUUAGUCAACUUGUGGCAAAUUCAGGGUAGAGGGUCAUCAGCCUCUUUUCUUAGUUCCACAGAUUGUGUUUCCUCAGGAGAUAGAAGAUGGCCAGAAGAUAUAGCCUGGCAUCCUCACGGAAACAGCCUUUUUUCUGUAUACACUGCAGAUGGUGGGGAUUCACAGAUAUCAGUACUAAAUCUUAACAAAACACAAGGGAGAGCCCGUGUAACUUACUUAGAGGAUAAGCCUCAUGUUAAAGGUAUCAUCAACGGCAUAACAUUCAUGCCCUGGGAAAAUACCUGUUUUGUGACUGGUGGUAGCGAUCAUGCUGUGGUGCUUUGGAAUGAGAGAGAUGAGAAUGUAUGGAAGCCAAAGUCCCUACAUAGGAAUCUGCAUUCUUCUGCUGUCAUGGGAGUUGCAGGGAUGCAGCAAAAGCAGAUUGUACUGUCUGCUGGGGCCGACAAAAGAAUUCUUGGGUUCGACGCGCAUGUGGGAAGAGCAGACUUCAAACAUCAAAUAGAAAGUAAAUGCAUGAGUGUUCUGCCAAAUCCUUGUGACUUCAAUCUAUUCAUGGUUCAAACUGGGGCUCACGAGAGGCAGCUCCGGCUCUAUGAUAUUAGAUUAAGGCAUACAGAACUCCAUUCUUUUGGGUGGAAGCAAGAAAGCAGUGACUCACAAUCAGCUCUGAUAAAUCAGGCUUGGUCUCCCGAUGGUUUAUACAUCUCAUCUGGUUCAGCAGACCCUGUUAUCCACAUUUUUGAUAUUAGGUACAAUGCUUCCAAGCCAUCCCAGUCAAUCAGAGCUCAUCAGAAACGAGUCUUUAAAGCUGUAUGGCAUUACUCUUUCCCACUUCUCAUUUCCAUAUCUUCUGAUCUACAAAUUGGACUGCAUAAAAAGUUUUAGUUCCCUCUUAGUAUUUUACAUCGGGUUCAUUCCCAUGGGAGAGAAACUUUAUCCUUUCCCCUCAUUUCGAUCUGAUGCUCCAUAAUCUGGUGUCUUUCAACUUGUUUCGAAAAGAGGAGUUGGUCAUCGAUCAGUUUUUGAUUAUCAAGCAAUACGUAGCCUGUAUCAAUGAUGACAAACCAAUACUCAACCCAGAUUACAUUGUGAUAUUCAGAAUUUUUUCAUGUAUUCCAAUCUUAAUUGAUGGUUUUCAUUUUCUGGUCGUCAAUUUGCAUGCAAGUAAUCAUUGGAGCUCUACUUCUAAGUUUUAAGGCAUUAAGUAAUCAAAGUUGUAUUUGCAUUUAGUGGCAAGCAAUAGGUUGAUUCGAUUCAAUUUGAUUUUAAAAAACGGCCAACCGAAUUAACUGACCCUUUUUAGAAAAAAUAACCGGUGAAAAAGUAUGGAAAGGCAAUAACUGUCAUGAAAAAGGAUUUAAACGAAAAUUUUUAGUUGAA